CCAACAUUGUCCCAAGUGUUUCGGCAAACCGUUGAAAAUGACCCGCCGUAGUUUCAAUCAAUUCGACAGGCUACCGAGUCCCACCAGGGAGGCCCUGUCUCCUCCGCCGGGGCUCCUCCCGACCGCGCUACAGCUCCACCCGCCUUCAAACCCCGGCGCGCAACGAACGCUCAGGAGAUUACAGUCGGCUCAUAGCUUGGGAGCAAAGGCCGCUGCCCAGACGUCGCUCAUUUCGCAGCAGCAGCAGAGACUCCAGCUCCAUCAACACCACUUCCAAUAUUUGGACCAGCACCUUCAGCCGCACCCUCCUGCUGCUCCCGCUCCCGCUCCCGCUCUCGCUCCCGCUCCUGCUCCAGCCCCGAAUCUCGCUCCCGUGAGAAGAUAUGCGAGCAUCACCCGCUCGCCACAGAGAGCACGCUCCAACAGCGACGCAGCCCCAAUUCCCAACGCCGCCCAGAUCAACAGGGCAGCCAUGACGGCAGCCACAGCAACACGACGCUCCGCUCUGAGCAAGCGGUCCCUCGCCGCCGACGCCAUGUCCCUCGACCGGCUGCUGCGGGAGGGACCUCCGGAUGGCGACGUCGAAGGGGCCCUUGAGAGCGCGCGGCUCAAGAUCCUCGACCAGGGCAUCAAGUCCGACAGCGACGGCAUGUCCUCACUCCGCAUCUACGUCUGGCUCAUCCUCCUCAACGCGCCCAUGCUCGAGACCGACGCCUACCUUGCCCUCAUCCACCGCGGCGCCUCCCCGGCCUACUCCAAGAUCCGUAACGACACCUUCCGCACCCUGUCCACCGACCCCCUCUUCCGACGCCGCGUGAGCGAGGCGAGCUUGAUACGCUUGCUCAAUGCCUUCGCCUGGACGCUCCACGACGCCCGCGAGGUGCGCACCCGGGACCCGAGCGUAGCUAGCAGCACGCGACGCUCGCUGGACCAAUCGAGCAGCCGGCCCGGCACGGGCUACGGGAGCGACUACGGAAGUCCGGCUUCCUCGCCCGCGGCCAAGCGAGCACGCGCCCUGACGCUGACGACCGAGGGCUCCGUCGCCAGCGUGACGGCCGAGCCCGGCACGUACGUCCAGGGCAUGAACGUGCUGGCAGCGCCCUUCCUGUACGCCGCCCGCAGCGAGGCCGAGGCGUUCGUCGCCUUCCACCAGCUGCUGACCAAAGAAUGCCCCGGCUACAUCCGCGGCGCCAUGGACGGGGUGCACAAGGGCCUGGCCCUGGUCGACAAGGUGCUGGCCAUCGUCGAUCCCAAGCUCAGCCAGCACCUGCUUUCCAAGAACCUGUCCGCCGAGAUAUACGCCUUCCCGUCUGUCCUGACCCUCUGCGCUUGCACGCCUCCCUUGCCCGAGGUCUUGCGCCUCUGGGAUUUCCUCUUCGCCUAUGGACCUCACCUCAACAUCCUCUGCAUCGUAGCACAGCUGAUCAUGAUCCGCAGCAAGAUCAUGGAGUCGCCCAGGUACGUGAAUCCACCCGUAACUUUUUUUCUAUGUUGAAUUUCUCGUCG